CUUACUUCUGUUGACUCAAAGAAAAUCCCAGACUGAAUCCAGAUGGAUCAAUCCUAUUGAAUAUCUCACUGCAAUAAGGGCGUCUUUUUGGUUUCUGGAUUUCGUGAAGAUGGCUUUUGUAUUGUUGAGACCCACCACGGCAACAGUCUCAUUUCCUCUAAAACUAAAGCACCCCACCUCAAAAUCCAGAAAAAUGGCCAUUAAAAUCAUCAACAGCAGCAGCAAUACUACUAGUACUGGCGAUAACGGUAACAGGAAGCUUCCCAUAUUGUUAUUUGACAUCAUGGACACUAUUGUUAGAGACCCUUUCUACCAUGAUGUCCCUGUCUUCUUCAGAAUGCCUAUGGAGGAACUAUUAGAAUGCAAGCAUCCAACUGCAUGGAUCGAGUUUGAAAAGGGACUGAUUAAUGAGACUGAGUUAGCCAGAAAAUUCUUUAAGGAUGGGCGGGAUUUUGAUUUGGAAGGCCUUAAAAAUUGUAUGAGGAGAGGAUAUUCAUACAUAGAAGGUGUUGAAGGAUUGCUUCGUGCUUUAAAACAAAACAACUAUGAAAUGCAUGCUUUCACCAACUAUCCUAUAUGGUAUGAAAUGAUUGAGGACAAGUUAAAGUUAUCAACAUUCUUAUCUUGGACAUUUUGUUCAUGUACAAUUGGAAAGCGGAAGCCUGAGCCUGAUUUCUACUUGGAAGUUUUGAGGCAUCUUGAUGUUGAGCCUGCAAGCUGUGUCUUCAUCGAUGACAGAAUGAGAAACGUUGAAGCUGCCGAAGAUGUUGGGAUUGUUGGCCUGCAUUUCAAGAAUGCAGAUUCUCUGCGUCAAGACCUCUCUCUACUAGGGAUUGACAUUUAAACGGAUCAACAGGUUGGCGAUGUAGAUCCAGCCUAGCCUGCGGUCUAACACCUUGGUUCGGGUUCUCUGAGUUCUGGCCAAGCUUCCAAAGUGACAGUCGCCUUGUGCUCUCUUCCUCAUUACCUUGAUUCUUUGAAUGAUUUAAAAUUGUACCAAUUCUCAAGAUGUUACCAUUGUUCCUGAGAAACGGUUUGUACUGGAUCUUCCCUGUUUCGGGUGGGUUUGUGAUCAGUUUGAGAGUAAGGGUACUGGGAAUCGUUUUCUGCUCAAGCUCUUUGAAGAAGAUAAUGGCGAUUUGUAAGGUGAAGCACAUGGAAUGAAUUCAUAAUAAUGAUCUGAAAUUUCGGUUUAGAGAA